UUUCCUUCACAAUUGGAAAAAAUCCUCGAGUGCUUACAAUUUCUCAGGAAGAGAGAAGACUUUAAAUUAUUCAAUGCACAGACCAAGAGGGUGAAAAUAAAUAAAUAAAUAGCUUAUUAUGGUAAAGUUCCUGGUACAAACCUGUUUGAUGAAUAUGGGAUCGUGGAAUGGCUGAGGGGACGUGUCCCCAGCUACUCUAUCGUCUGCAGGACCCUUGCUCAGAUGUCUCCGUGUCUGUCCCGUCCUGGACGGACUGGAGCUGGAGAAACUGGUAUCUUGUAGCUGUUAGGUGUGUAUGGAGGAGAUGUUCAGUGAGGUAAGAGAAAAAAGCUGCGAGGACGUUUACGGUGGUCUGCACACCUGGGUCAGCAGAUGGGCCUUGAGAAGGAUGUGUGCAAGUCACCUGUAAUGAAUUGGAUAAAUACGUACCUGCGUGCCUAUGUGUCUGAGUACCUUGAGAUGCAUCUUUUAUGGCUAUUAGAUCCACAGUUAAAAAAAGAAAAAGUAGUCUUUGAUCAAGCAGAUGUAAAUAUUUGAAAGCGAUGCUAGUUUGUGGAUCAUGUAGAGAAGGCAGGGGGAGGUAGCUCUGCUUCAAAACCUUUUUUUUCCUUGUGACUUGCUUGGAACAUAAUCUGCAGGCAUUUUGCUUUUAUGUUAGCGUUCCAGCACACGUGAUGUGAAUAGAAGCUGUCCUCUGCGUUCGAGUUUCCAAAAAGUUCCUGUGUCCGGGAGGGCUGCAGGACGACCCGCCUGCUGGCUGCAGGAUUUCCGGCCUUCCAGGAGUAGAAGUGGUGCAGAUGAGGCAUCCUUCGAGGCUUCCCAAUGCUUUUGCUUAGAUUGUAAAGCUCUUCCUUAUUAGGCCCACAGGAAGCACUUCUCCUGUAGAGCAGCCAAAUCGGUAUCGUCAUUAAAUACUUCUUGUCUGACUCUGAUGGCAGCUCCUCUCUGUGGUGGCAGAUUUGGGAAGCCUCUGCGAUUGCCUCUGCGUUCUGCCUAGCUGAGUGCGCGGCCUCUCCAUCUAACUGCAUGGUAAUUUCUGACCUGGAAGCUGGGAUGGAAACUGAACAGUUUUUAGAGGAUUGGUCACCUUUUUUUUCCUUAAAUUAAGCUCUCUAGUGCAAAAAAUAUGGGAUGUCUAAGUUGGGAGCUCCAUUAGAACUUAAGCUAGAAUAACAGACAAUAAUAAUAAUAAAGCCUUGUCAUCAGACAACAUAAAAUUAUUUUUUAAAUUUAUUUACCCCUCUGCCAACUGUGUUCUUGCAAAAUGGGUCUUUGCCCUCAGUUUAUUCUCAGCAGCAGCUGCAUUGGUUCCUGGGUUAUGUAAACGCCCGCACGUUCCUCUCUGGGAUGUUAAGAAAAUUCUGCCCUUUUCCAUCAUCUCCAAGCAGUAUCCGUGUGUCUGCUUUCUGAUCUCAGGACCCUCCUGUUUCCAUCGGGCUCCCUGCUUGCUGUGCUUCGCCUCUGCUGUCGAGUCCCGCUCUCGGAGGCUGUGCCAGAUUUAAGAACACUAUUACACUUGGGAAAAUUGCACGUUGUCCACUGGAUUGAAGCGGAUGAAACAGAUGGGAAGAAGUCCUGCCCAGCACAGAGAUCCAUAGAUGAGACUCCCAGACCUCUUUGCUGAGGACAUGUAAAGCGCACAGCCUGGUACUUCACUGCUUCCAGCUUUGAAUGCAGGGGCCCGUUCAGGGACUUGCAGUGAGUCCAUCCCUCGCCGUUUGGCUGCAGCAGCUCACCUUGUGGCAGAGUGACAAAGUCCUGGACGAGCAUCGCUGAGAGGUGCUGACUCUGACUUAAGCGAAGUCUCACGAGACUCCAGGCAGAAGUGAAGCACUAGGAAGAUGACUGUUCUUCUCAUUGAAGCUUUUUAUGGGGGCUCCCACAAACAGCUGAUGGAUCUUCUUCAGGAAGAGCUGAAAGAAGAAUGCGUGCUCUGUACCCUCCCCGCCAAGAAGUGGCACUGGAAAGCACGGACUGCCGCUCUUUCCUUCAUGCAGACAGUGCCAGCAAAUCCAAAUUACAGGAUCCUCUUUGCAAGCUCGGUGCUUAACCUGGCUGAACUCGCUGCCCUGCGCCCUGACCUGGGCAAAUUGAAAAAGGUCCUCUACUUCCAUGAGAACCAAUUGGCGUAUCCUGUCCAGAACUGGAAGGAAAGGGAUUUUCAGUAUGGAUACAACCAGAUUCUUUCAUGUUUGGUUGCUGAUGUUGUGGUGUUCAACUCUGCUUUUAAUAUGGAAUCGUUUCUUACAUCCAUUGGAAAAUUUAUGAAGUUGAUUCCUGACCACAGACCAAAGGAUUUGGAAAAAAUAAUCAGACCAAAGUGCCAAGUUCUUUACUUUCCAGUCAGGUUUCCUGAUGUGAGCAGGUUCAUGCCAGAACAUAAGCUUGCCCAUUUGGAAAACUUAAUUGGUGUUAAAAGCAAUGGAGAUGCUUAUCAAUUUGCGGGCCUGCCUGGCCAGCAGAAGAGCAGAGCUUUGGGAGGUUUAAUGAAAAACAGCAACGAGUGUCGUGAGUCUGGACUUUGUGAAGCACAGCCUGGACUUUGUACCACACAGCAUGAGGGACUGCAUUCCCCAUUAACAGCACCAGAGAGAUUGAACAAGUCUGAAGCAUCAGAAAGUACAAAUCCUUGUCAAGAAGAAGAUAAGCAACAUCUGACUUUUAACCUCUGUAAUAUCUGGAGUGGAAUGGACUAUCAGCAGAGACCUUUACAUGUUGCCUGGCCUCACAGGUGGGAACAUGACAAAGAUCCUGAAACUUUCUUUAAAGUGCUGCUGAAACUGAAAGAGAAAGAACUACCUUUUCAUGUGUCCGUCCUCGGAGAGUGUUUCACUGACGUUCCAGAUAUAUUUUCAGAGGCCAAAAAAGCAUUGGGAUCUUCUGUCUUGCACUGGGGCUACUUACCCAGCAAAGACGACUAUUUCCAAGCCCUGUGCACGGCCGAUGUUGUCAUCUCAACGGCUAAACACGAAUUCUUUGGAGUGGCAAUGGUUGAAGCUGUAUAUUGCGGUUGUUAUCCACUGUGUCCCAAGGCCUUGGUGUACCCGGAGAUAUUUCCAGCUGAAUAUCUGUAUUCUACACCUGAACAGCUUUUUAAAAGGCUUCAGAAUUUCUGCAAGAGACCAGAUAUUGUAAGGAAACAUCUCUAUAAGGGCGAGAUGGCUGGCUUUUCUUGGGCAGCGCUCCGUGGUAAAUUCAGGUCUCUGCUCGCAACAGAACCGAGGGAAGAUUUGUGACAGAUGGGGCUAAGUCACAAACUUGCAGCCUCAGGCAGAAUUGUGGAAGUUUCCAGAGUGUGCCCAUAUUUACCUGAUCAGAGAGAAAAGAAAAUCUGCAGAGGAAGCCGAGCCUGGCUGCUUGUCAUAGCUGACACAGAGCCAUCUGCCACAAACCUGUGGCGGCUUCAGAUCUCCAAUCCCUGCCACCACCCCAGCUCAAAUUAAAUACAGAUUCUUAGAGACGUUAUGAUGGUUACACAUGUCCUCGGCAUCACAUGCAGGAGACUGUUCAAAAAAAAUAUGUGGCCUGUUGUAUAACCGCACUCAUGUAUCCCAUAUGUGGUGCCACAUUGAAUUUCCGGUUGAAUCUGUUUUUAUCCUUUGUACUGGAUGACAUGGUGCCUGAAUUCUUUCUUUUCGCCGACACGAUGGCAGCCAAGCUGCAGCUUCAAACGCUCACACUUGGCUGGGUUUCUACCUAGGUUGCCAGGUUAUCAUUGGAGCCUUAUUGUGUCCUCAAAGGGCCACAGGGCCUGAAAGGAGGAUCCGAGUGCUACCGGACUAAUUGGGCAGCCAUCUCUGAAUUGUUUGUAGGCAAAGGGCUGCUUUAGCACUUUUCUUUUUGCAAAUUAAUGACUCUCUGGCACAGGGGUUUUUAAGUGAAGGUAUUAAUAAGGGGUCUGGCAGGUAAUCCCAUGAUUCGCGGAGUUACAUUUGCAUUUAAUUAAUCUUAAAGAAAGCUGAAAGAUAAACAGCUGUAAUUCAAACUAGCAUGGGAAAUAUGCUACAUGGUGCCAUCUAUCCGAUAAAAUGAAAGCUGAGAGACUUGUUUUAUUUCUCUCAAGGAUGGAGAACAAACAGAUAACAGUCAAAAUACUUCCAAUAAAAAGUAGUAGUAUAAAUGUAACGGCCGUUCAUCAAGAAUCUUUGCAUCCAGUUACAAAUACAGUCUUUUAAAGAUAAAUCACUUAUGAUUCCAGCAGUCAAGCUGCUAUAUUUGUUGAUGUAAAAUGUUUUGAAGAUGUAGAUUGUACAAUAAAUUUUUAAUAAAGUGCCCACUGCAAUUUUUAAUUAGCAUAUCUCAUUCAUGUAUAAGUGUGUACAUCUAUCUGUAUGUUUAUCACUAUGCAUAUCCUUGUGUCAGAGUCAAUGAAUGCAAUUGUGUCUUUAUCUGAUGAAGUAGAAUCUGCUUUGCAAGUGAUAAUAAAAUGUUCUGACAAUCCCAA